AUGGAACGAAGGAGGGGAGAUGACGUAGGCAUAAAAAAUGGGAAUAUAAAUUUAGGGAGUGGGAACGAAAUAGAGGUUGAGGAUGAUAAUUUGACGUGCCCGCAAGCUGAGGAUAGUGACGAUGCAGAGUUGGAUGAUGAUUGUUUUCAUCAAUUUCUUGAUGUUGAUGUUAAGAAUGUGGGUCAAGGAAGUAGGGGUUCUAAUCAUUUGGCCGAAUUCGAAUCUGUGCAUUCAGAGGCUGUUACUGCUUCUGAGUUACCGAACGAGAACACGUUGGCUAUGCUUUCUGAUCUAGAAGAUGAUGAGUUGUAUGAGGAGUAUGCAUGUGAUGACAAGGACAAUAAGGCAAUAACAAGGUAUGAGAAAUACAAUUGUGCUCAAAUGUGCAAGGAGUUUGAAUUUAAGUUGGGAAUGGAGUUUAAUUCAGUCCAACAGUUUCGAGAAGCCCUCAAGGAGUACUGUUUGCUACAUGGGUAUGAUGUUAAGUUUCUUAAAAAUGAUAAGGAAAGAUGCCGAGUUAGGUGCAAGAAGAAGUGUGGUUGGUUGAUACUUGUAAGCAAAGUUGGUGGCUCAAUGACUUUUCGAGUGAAAACACUUGGACCAAAGCAUACUUGUGGGGUAACAUUUAAUUCAAGGUUAGCCACAUCAAAGUGGGUUUCAGAAAAGAUAGUAGAUCAUAUGAGGAUGAAUAAGAAUUUGAAGCUAGGAGAUGUGGUUUCAAUAGUAAAACAAAAUUAUAUGGUGCAACCUUCAAUAAACAAGGCAUUUUGGGCUAGGAAGAUUGCAAAGAAAACAAUAGAGGGAGACCACAAAGAAGAGUACAACAAGUUGGUAAACUUUUGUAAUGAAGUCAAGAAGAGAAAUCCGCAAUCUACAUUUGCUUUUGUCACUGACACUACUUAUUAUGUAGAUCGCCCACGUGUGUUUAAGAGAUUGUAUGUGUGCUUAGAACCAGUGAAAAGAGGUUUUAUGAAAGCAUGUAGGCCAAUUAUUGGAUUAGAUGGUUGCUUCCUUAAGGGCACAUACGGAGGUAUUUUGUUGGUGGCUGUAGCUCGCGAUCCUAAUGAUCAAUAUUUUCCUCUAGCUGUAGCGGUAGUUGAGACUGAGAACAAAGAUUCUUGGACAUGGUUCUUAAAACAAUUGUUUGAUGAUAUUGGUAGUAUGGCUAAAAAGAAAUGGGUUUUUAUCUCAGACCAACAGAAGGGAUUGGUUCAAGCUUUUGGAGAAUUACUUGAAGGUGUUGAACAUAGAUAUUGUGUAAGACACUUGUAUGCCAACAUCAAGUCAAGGUAUGGUGGUGGAACGGUGAUUAGAGAUUUAGUGAUACGUGCAGCGAAGGCCACUUAUCCCCAGCUUGGAAAGAACUAA